UCCAUUGUAAAUUUUAAUCUAGUCUGUGGAUCACAUGCAAGUUAUAAGUUAUUAUCAGAGACACAAGGCAAGGCAAGAGUAAAAAUGUCCCGUUUGUUAGCCUUGAAUGUCAAAAUAAUAAAUUUAGUUGUUACGCUAAGUGAGUUUAGUAUUAAAUAAUAACAUACAUUGUGUUAAUGUAAUUAGAUAAGUUAUAUAUACAGUUAAAAUAUAGUAAUAUAGAUAUAUAAUAAAAUAUAAUAAAAUAAAUCAUAUAUUCAAAACGUCAAAAAUGGACCAAAGUAUGUACAGAGAAAUGGAAGAACGUAGGUCUAUACGUGAUAACAGCAGAAAUUUAAAAAAAUACGGGAGUACAUCCAAGCAUGUUGUACGUAAUGACAAUUUAGUAAAACAUAUUAUUUGCAAGACGGAUACACUUCCAGGUAUUGCACUAAAAUAUGGAACUACGACUGAACAAAUUAGGAGGAUAAAUAGGUUAUGGGCAUCUGAUAGUUUAUUUUUACGUGAAUAUUUAUUAGUUCCUGUUCCUGUACAAAAAAAUUCAGCGUCGACGUCAUCGUCCUACAUUAAUAAUGAUGGAAUCGCUGAAUCCAAUGAAAGUGACAAUUGUCAAGACCCAAGUGCUAAUACGCUGUCUUCGGACGAAGACAGCUCAAUCAAUAAUUUUUUAGCUAGAAUGGAUUCCUCGAUUGCUAAUGUUAAGAAAGAUAUACAAAAAACCCAGGGUAAUAGUGCAUUUAGUCCAGAAGAAGAAUUAUUAUUUGUACAAAGAAGAACAGGAAGUCGUUUACGUCAUUCGCACCCUCAGCCUUCACCACUGCGUUCUUCAUUUUCAACAGCGUCAUCUUCAUCUUCUCACCUCUCAUCAGCAGCAGGGCCUGUCAGGUCAUCGUCAGAAGACAACGUUCACGACUUGCCUUCAGCCGUGGUGAUGACUCAAGGAAAAAAAUUAAAAAGCUCGCUGCAAAAAUUGCAGCAGCAACAAGACGAAAUAUUUCAAUUGUAGCAAUUAUUAACAAACUACAAUAACGAACAACUAUUAACAUUAAUAUUAAUAUUUAAAGAAAGCUAUAUUGUAAAAUAUGUAUAUGUUAAAUUUAUAUUAUAUAAGAAACGCGACAAAUAGACAGAGUAUUACCAUGACAA